CUGAUAAAGUCAGAUCCUCCGUGCUUGAAUCAGUCUAGUAUUAGGUUAACGAGCUUGAAAUGCUUUAGCGCUGCAGCUUCACAUUCGACCACGAGAGGGGAUGCCUAUUCGCUCGUUACCUUCUGAAUCUGCGGAACGUCCGUCGAAGAAGAGAAAGUUAUCGGCUACUAAAGGCAUAACGUCUAAAACUAUCGCUGCUCUCGAGAGUCAGCUAACGAGCGCAGUCCUACCUGAUUCGAAUUCCAAUUCGACAACGACCCUCAACCCCCUCGUAGACCUUUACACAGUCGCCUUGAAUGUUGGGAUCAGCGCAGCGGAUACGUCGAAAGCGAUAUGGGCGUUGUAUAGAGUUUGGGUUGUGGUUAUUGGUAGUGGAAAGAUGAGAGGGGAAAAAAACGAGGAUGCGAAUGUAAAGGUUGUGAAAGCGUGGCUCUGGGAACGAUUGAACGAGUAUGUGGAAUUGUUGUGUGGGUUGUUGAAGGAUGAGGAGAAAGUGUUGAGGACAUCAUCACUGCAGAUUCUAUUUUCACUACAAAAACAUUUAUCUACGUCUGUUUCCACUAAAGGCGAUCCGCAAUUCCACAUAUCACAUUUUCGGAAAAUCGUCAUUGCGUUGGUGGCCUGUCCUCCAUCACAUCGAACAACGGAAAAGGAAAAUCAAAGGGACGGGCUUAUUGACGCUGAUGUGCUCGACUUGUUCUGUGAUAAAUGGCUCUGUGUUUACGACGAUGUGCGCUGGUUCUUUCUACGAGAAAUUGGGACACUUCUCUCCAAAAAAGACCAACAACCUCGUCCUUCCGUGCCAACAAAUACACUUUCGAUACUGGAGAGACUCGCUGGCUUUUCAUCAACAUCUUCUUUCCUUACCUCCACUUCGGCUCUGGAGAAACCAGCCAAGGAUGGAAAGGAAGACAACGAGGGAAAGAAAGGCCAGUGGUGGGUCGAGGAGAUGGGAAAGAAGCCGCCAAAGGUUAAAAAAGGCAAGGGCGCUGACCUCGACCUCGACGACGACGACGAAGAGGAAGACAAAAUCGAGAAAAAAGACGACGAAGAAGACGAUUGGAGGAAGUUUUUCGACGAGCAGAACACCAAUGGAGAAUCUAACACGAAGAAGGACAACCUAGGAGAACGAAUUAAAGGCCGCAAACACACUCUAACUCUCCACCAAUCUCUACAUAAUACACCUUCGCAUCGUGCGGCGUUUACUCAUGCCUGGUUGGCGCUUUUAUCCAGGCUCUCCGGGUAUUCCUCUAAAAAUAACGACGUCGACACCGAAGAUGUAGAGGAUACCAAAGAUCUGGAACUGGCUGUGCGUGCGCUGAACGUUAUGCACCGCGGUGUGCUCCCGUAUUUGACUAGACCGGUGUUGGUUAUGGAUUGGAUUGGAGCCUGUGUUGAUUAUGGCGGAACACCAGGUCUCCUUGCUCUCAACGCGUUGUAUGUCCUUAUGACAGAAUAUAAUCUCGACUACCCAUCAUUCUAUACCCGUCUCUACGCUUUUCUCGACCGAGACCUCCUUCAUGUCAAACAUCGCGCAAGGUUUUUCAGGCUCGCAGAGGUGUUUUUAGGCUCCACUCACCUCCCUUUAACCCUCCUCGCCUCGUUCAUCAAGCGUCUCUCCAUCCUCUCCCUCUCCGCACCGCCAUCAGCGAUAGUCAUCGUGAUACCCUUCGUGUGGAAUCUAGUCAGAAGACAUCCAGGAUUGAUGGGGAUGAUUCAUCGAGAGUGGGACGGGCAGGGGGUGUAUGAAGACCCUUUCCUCCCUUCACACCCUAACCCCCUUCUAACUAACGCUCUUUCCUCCUCCCUCCUCGAGCUGCACACCCACACAGCGCAUUAUCACGCCCCAGUGUCCAGCAUGGCAAAAGUCUUCGAAGGCGUAUUCACGAGAGGGGAAUAUGCAAUGGAGGAUUUUUUGGAUCAUGGGUAUGCUAGUCUGUUCGACGCCGAGGUGAAUAGGAAAAUUAAAAAAGAGCCUGCGAUGAAUAUGGAGUUGGAGUUGGAGAUCGAGAGUGGGCUUGGUGGUGUUGUACUGGGUACGAAGAAGAAGAGAAAGAGGGAAGCUGCGUUGUUUGGAUUUGGAAGAGAGAGGGAACAGACGGAAGGUGGGGAGAAUGAGGAAGAAGGGGAUGAUGGUGGCGGAGAUGAAUCAAUAGGUAGAGACAUAGUCACUGAGCUGUGGGCAUUUUGAGUGUCCCUUAUGGUGCAAAGGAGAAACAGAAGGACGAAAAUAACCGAAUCAUUCAAGCUGCGGUACACAAGCAGCACGUCAAAUAGGGGGUGAAGGAAGUUGGUGAAGGUGGUGAGGAAGAAGGGGAUGAUGGUGACAAUGGAUCAAUACAUGGAGAUAUAGCCUCCGAGCGGUGGUCAUAAUAGCGCUGUGAACGUCUUACAAGGCUUCCACUUAAUGUUUGUACAUGUAAUACCUUCGGACGAUGACUUACACCAAAAUCUUUGAUCAUCUCUCUGUGUUUGCAGGGAGUUGGUAUAUUGUGGGAAUUGAGAUGGUAUGCAUCAAGCAUCUCCUGUCUCUUAUCCAAGAACCAAAAUUCUGAACCUCACCUGCUUUUUCAACUCG